AUGAUGGCUUGUGGCUUAAGCAAGAGCCUUGGCUUGACUUCCUCCUUGAAGAAGCAGCAAGGCAUAGUGACGAUCCUUGGUGGUAGUGACUCUGACAUUUCGUCGAACACUUUGUCUGCACCUUCACUAAGGAGGACCUUCUCUGCUGAUUUGUCCUCCAAGAAUUGGGUUUCGCAGAAUGGGUUUUCUCCGAUGAAGAGAGUUUCUUCAUCGGAGAAGCUCCGUGCCUUUGGUACUGGCUCACUCAGCUCCGACGAGGAAACAGAGGAAGAAGGAUCAAGUUCUGGGUCCGACAUUUGGGCUCAGAUUCAACAAGACAAGAACAAUAAGAAGGAAGACGAGAUCGAGCCUGGACAAUCCGAUGUGUGGAGCUCGAUUUUGUCGGAGAAGAAGAAGACGGAAUCGAGCAACGACACGGUUCCUCCACCGUACGUUCACCCGUUAAUGAAACGCGCGAGUUCAUUGAGCGAGAAAAGCCUCGAAAUUUGCACUGAGAGUCUCGGAUCCGAGACGGGUUGCGAAGGGUUCUCUUCGUAUGCAUCAUCGGAGACUGGAGAUUCUGAGAUCGAGAAGGAAAUCACUAACCAGGAGGAGACGAAUCUCGUUCUCAACGUGACAGAGAUCAAGGAAGAAGAACAAGUAACAGAGGUUGAAGCUGAGGUUGAGCAAGAAUCGAUCACGGUUUCAAACUCCAUCGAAUUGCCUCGAGGAUCUUUUCCUCCUCCGAUUCGUUCUCUCUCGAGCCAAUCAGGCUUGUCUCUGCACAUGAAAACUCGCCGUGACAAUGGCCGAUUGGUUCUCGAAGCUGUCUCUAUGCCGUCGCACAACAACUUCUCCGCCAAGCGCCAAGACGGACGUCUCCUGCUAACUUUUGCAGAAAUCAGUGAGGAAUCAAGUGACAAAAUUGACAUCGACGAUGAGAUUGUUUCGGAGGUUCAGUGGUUCGACGAGGAAGAGGGGGAAGAAGAAGAGUUCGCUUACAAGCCCAAGGGACUUCUUUAUAAGCUGGCUCAAAAGCCCAUUGGGCCUAUAACUGUUCAUAGGUUGGCCCAUAAGGCCAUCGGAGUACCGAAAAGAAACUUGGGAUGGCCCGUGACCAACGAAUUCGAUACCAAAUCCGAUCUCUCGCCUCCGGUAGUUCACUCUCUACCACCGAGGCCAAGAGUGGCCCAGCUCGCUCGGUCAACUAAACCGCCUUCCACGGUGGACGACACUGUAGGAGCCGCUUGUUUCAACACAUGUGACUACUAUUGGAAGCCCACUAACGUUGAAGCUUUUGGACCAAACACAAAAACCCAAAUUCAAGCCCAAACAAUAGUCAAAGGACACGACGGUUGGAUAAAUGGGUGCAAGGAACGAAGGAGGUCUCUUUUGUCCGUUGAGCCUUUCUGCAUUGCGACUUCAUGA